AGAGCUCCUGGGCUCAGUCUGUUGAAGCCGGGUAGCCUGUGGAGAGGCUGGGAUUUGGAAUCAGGGAGCCCUGGACUUGAUGUCUUCCCUCUGCGUUCAGGGCCAGGCCAUCUUGGGACCCUCCCUGUCCCAGACAGCCACCAGGGUCUGUCUCCCGCAGGUCAUCUGGAUGUCAGCAUGGCAGCCACAAACCUGGAGAACCAGCUGCAGAGUGCUCAGAAGAACCUCCUGUUCCUCCAGCGGGAGCACGCCAGCACACUCAAGGGGCUGCACGCCGAGAUCCGGCGCCUGCAGCAGCACUGCACAGAUUUAACGUAUGAGCUGACAGUCAAAAGUUCGGAUCAGACAGGAGACAGCGCCUCGAGAAGCAGCGAGCUAAAGAAACGGUGCGAAGACCUGGAGGCCCAGCUGAAAGUGAAGGAGGCUGAGAACAACGAGCUGCGGAGGGAGCUGGAGCAGAAGAACGCGCUGAUCGCCGUGCUGGAGAACACCAUCAAGGAGCGCGAGAAGAAGUACCUGGAGGAGCUGAAGGUCAAGAGCCACAAGCUGGGCAUGCUGUCCAGUGAGCUGGAGCAGCGCGCCAGCACCAUCGCCUACCUGACCUCCCAGCUGCACGCCACCAAGAGGAAGCUCCUGAGCUCCAGCGGGACCUCGGACGGCAGCGCGGCCGGCAGCCCCGUCUACAGAUUCGGGGCCGAGAGCCGGAAACUCCUCUUGCGGGAACCGGUGGACGCCAUGCCCGACCCCCCGUUCCUGCUGGCCAGGGAGUCGGCCGAGGUCCACCUCAUCAAGGAGCGGCCCCUGGUCAUCCCCCCCAUCGCCUCGGACCGCAGCGCCGGCGAGCAUCCCAGCCCCGCCCGCGAGAAGCCGCACAAGGCGCACGUGGGGGUGGCGCACCGCAUCCACCACGCGGCCCCGCCGCAGGCCCAGCCCGAGGUGGAGACGCUGGCGGUGGACCAGGUGAACGGAGGCAAGGUGGUGAGGAAGCACUCAGGGACGGACAGAACUGUGUGACGGCCCCGCCACCCUCACCCGCUGUCGAGGCACUGUGAUCACUACUAGGAAAAACUCAUCCACCCCUUUUCUUUCUCUUUUUUGUUUUAAUUCCCAUGCAUGCCGAUUUUUUUUUCCAGACUUGUCAACAGAUUCUUCUCCUCCUGCUCCUCUUGCCCCCUUAACUGACACCAAAGUAGCACCGUGUCCCGCCGCAGAACCCGUAUUUACUCAUCGCUGUGGCCAAACACCUGUGGGCCGCCUGGCUUGCUUGCAGCCCCACGCCGUGUAAUCUCAGUGCGCGCGCCCGCCCGCGGACGAAGCACAGGCCCCGGCUGCGUUACUGCUCGACGUUCACGAAAUCAGAUAGUCACACGCCUAAUUAUAAAGUCAGAGCAACACGUAUCGACCUUGACCUCAUGCCUCCGGUUUCCAGGGCGGCCGGUCCGGAGCAGCCCUGCGCCCUCCUGGAGACCCCGUAACCACCCGACACACCCUUCCUGGGGCGGCACCGGUAACCGAGCAGCUGUAUGUUGUAUCACAGGAACUAAAUGAGAUGACGUUACUCCUCAUGUCACCACGACCUGAAUGUGUUCAUAUUUUUUGUUAGUUUUAUCCAAAAUGUUCAAGAUCCCAACAAACUUUAUUUUCUAAACCUGC